AAUAGUUAUAUUUCAAAAAAUAGCGGAUCUGAAGGAACAAUUUUGUCAAAUAUUUUAAAUGGUAGCCUGUGGGAAGAAAUUCUACAAUCUACCAAGGAGACAACAUUUCCCCUGUUUAUAUAUUUUGAUGACUUUGAAACUUGCAAUCCACUAGGUAGUCACGCAGGUAUUUACAAAGUCGGUGCUGUAUACUUUACAAUUGCCUCAAUUCCUCCGGAAUAUAUUAGCAGAUUGGAAAACAUAUUCUUAACAUUACUAUUUCAUAGUUCUGAGAGAAGCGAAUUUGGCAAUAAAGUUAUUUUUAAUUGUUUACUGGAAGACCUUAAAUAUUUAGAACAAAAUGGCCUUGAAAUUGAACUUAAUAAUCAAAAACUUAAAAUUUUUUUUGCUGUUAUUCUAAUUGUAGGUGACAACCUAGGACUAAAUUCUGUAUUUGGUUUCGUUGAGAGUUUUUCUGCAAAUUACUUCUGUCGAUUUUGUACAUCCCAUAAAUCUGUAACUAAACAUCAAACACAACUUUACGAAUUUGACGAGCGUAAUAGAGGUGAUUAUGAAUGUCACUUAUCUAACAAAACAUUCGGAAUAAAGGAUAUUUGUGUUUGGAAUGAACUGCAAUAUUUUCAUGUUUAUGACAAUCACUCUGUAGAUAUCAUGCACGAUUUAUUUGAAGGAAUUCAUAGGUACGAUAUGGCAUUAUUCAUAAACUACUUUAUAAAACACAACUUUUUUUCUAUCAAUACACUUAAUUCAAGGCUUCGAUAUUUUCAUUUUGAUAACUUGGAAAACAACUAUCCUCCAGAUAUUAAACAAGAACAUCUAGAUAAAGGUAUGAUCAUUUUCUCUGCGGCAGAGAUGAGUUGUUUUGUCAAAAAUUUCAGGUUUAUAAUAGGAGAUUUUGUUCCACAUGACGAUCCUGUUUGGGCAUUGUAUAAAAACUUACUUGAAGUUACUGACUUUGUUUUAAAACCUCAAAUUAGUUGGACUGCCGUAGAUCAUUUAAAAAAUAUAAUUUCAAAAUAUCUUCAAUCUUUAGUAGAUUUAUUUCCGAAUAAUAACCUUAAACCAAAACAUCAUUUUUUACUACACUAUCCCUCUAUUAUUAGAAAAGUGGGACCUCUCUGUAAAACAUCCAGCUUUCGAUUUGAGGCAAAACACAGAGAGUUAAAAAAAAUUGCAAACAGCGUACAAACUCGUAAAAAUAUUCCAUUAACUAUAGCUAAAAAAUGUCAAAUGCAAUUUGGUUGCAGAUGUAUUUCGGAAACUGGUUUGGACGAUCGUACUUCUUUAAGUAAACCAACUUUUCAAUCAGUUAAUUAUUCAGAUUAUGAAUUCGAAAACAAUUUUGAUAUUAACUAUUACAAAAACAACUUCUUCGAAGUCAAGUGGUAUGAAAAAAAUGGAAUAAAAUUUAAUAUAUCUCAUGUUAUCAAGAUAUCUUGGAAAUGGUUAGAAAAAAUAAAACUGUGGGAGCUUUAG